AUUGGAGCUUGGGAUUCCUCAAAGUCUAGUCUAAAUUUCUGUGGAAUCUGGCAGUUAUUUGGAGGAAUCCAGAGAUAUAUGGAGCAAUUUCCUGAUGGUGGUUAUUUUAAAGGAAAAAAUUUUGUCUUUGAUCACAGGAUUUCUGUUGGAAGUCGGGACAAGGAUGUGCUUGGAACUUGUCUUAUAUGCCAUUCUCCCUUUGACGAUUAUUCAUCUCGUUGUCGCUGUUCUUACUGCAGAAUGUUAAUUUUGGUGUGCGAUAUUUGCCAGGGCAAUUAUAGAGGGAGAUACAUAUGUGAGCUGUGCCAGAAACACUUUAAUGAUGAAAAGCCCAUGCCUCUCGUGCUAUACAACCAGUUGGAUUGGGAACUCCCUCACGAAUCAUUUGAUGUCAUCAAGACUGAAGCAGAAACUCUGCUUAAUAGUAGUCCAAACCCCUAUAGUGAUCUCUCUAUUAGAUCAGUUUCUGAUCGCAGCAGGAAGCUAAGAAUACUGUGUUUGCAUGGGUUCCGACAGAAUGCUUCAAGUUUUAAAGGAAGAACAUCAUCACUGGCCAAAAAGCUCAAGAAUAUCACCGAGUUCAUCUUCGUUGAUGCUCCCCAUGAACUGCCAUUUAUUUAUCAACCAGCAGAAUUAUUAUCCCAACAAGUUUCUCCUGCACCCUCAGAGAACUGCAAGAGAAGAUUUGCAUGGCUCGUCUCUCCAAAUUCAAACUCAUCUGAUGAAAGCAGCUGGAGAAUAGAAGAACAACAAUUUGAUCCUUUUCAGUAUAAAACGCAAACUGAAGGAUUUGAAUUGUCAUAUUCUUACCUUGAAGGCCUGAUCUUAAAAAAUGGUCCCUUUGAUGGAAUCCUUGGAUUCUCUCAGGGCGCAGCUAUGGCUGCUUUGUUUUUCGAGAAGCAGCAAAGAAGCGGCGGAGUAUCCGAUCUCCGAUUUGCUUUCUUGUGCUCUGGGUUUUCUACUGUUUCUAGCAAAUCGGUGCCGGUCAACGGAUUUAUAAAGUUGCCAUCUCUGCAUGUUUUUGGUGAUGGAGGAAAGGAUAGGCAGAUUAACGUUGAAGCUAGCAGGGAGCUUGCUGAGCUGUUUGAUAAGAAUAGUUCAGUAAUCGUGGAGCAUGAUAUGGGUCAUAUUAUUCCUACCAGAUCACCUUAUAUUGAUCAAAUAAAGGCAUUUCUCAUGUCUUUUCAGUGAUUUACUGUUUAAAUUUACUAAUGCCGUAUAAUUUUGUUUUUAUUGUCGUUGUUGGAAUUUUUACUAAACCUGUAACAUUUAGAUUUGUCAUGUUUGUUGAAUGUAUCAUAGAUUGGUAUUUGAA